GCCCUGCCCGCUGCCGCCGCCGCCGCCGCCUCCCGUGCGGGCCGCCCCCUCCUCCUGUCUCUCCAGGUGUCCCAGGCCGGGCGGCUGCGGCGCGGCCGGCGGCAGAAUGACUGACACCCGGCGGAGGGUGAAGGUUUACACGCUGAACGAGGACCGGCAGUGGGACGACCGGGGCACCGGGCAUGUGUCCUCUGGCUACGUGGAGAGGCUGAAGGGCAUGUCCCUGCUUGUCAGGGCAGAGAGUGAUGGUUCUCUUCUUUUGGAGUCCAAAAUUAAUCCAAACACUGCGUACCAGAAGCAACAGGACACUUUGAUUGUGUGGUCCGAAGCUGAAAAUUAUGACUUGGCACUUAGCUUUCAAGAAAAAGCAGGAUGUGAUGAAAUAUGGGAAAAAAUAUGUCAAGUUCAAGGAAAAGACCCUUCAGUAGAUAUUACUCAGGACCUUGUAGACGAAUCUGAGGAAGAACGCUUUGAUGAUAUGUCAUCACCUGGUCUAGAAUUACCAUCUUGUGAAUUAAGUCGGCUAGAAGAAAUUGCAGAACUUGUGGCAUCUUCACUGCCUUCACCGUUGCGGCGUGAAAAACUCGCACUAGCACUGGAAAAUGAGGGCUAUAUUAAAAAGCUCUUAGAAAUUUUUCAUGUGUGUGAGGACUUGGAGAACAUUGAAGGACUGCACCACUUGUAUGAAAUUAUUAAGGGAAUCUUCCUUUUGAAUAGAACUGCACUUUUUGAAGUCAUGUUUUCUGAGGAAUGUAUAAUGGACGUAAUUGGAUGCCUAGAAUAUGAUCCUUCUUUAUCACAGUCACGAAAACACAGGGAAUUUCUGACAAAAACAGCAAAAUUUAAAGAGGUGAUUCCUAUUUCUGAUCCAGAGCUGAAACAAAAAAUACAUCAAACAUACAGAGUACAGUAUAUUCAAGAUAUGGUUCUACCCACUCCCUCCGUGUUUGAGGAAAAUAUGCUGUCAACGCUUCACUCCUUUAUCUUUUUUAAUAAAGUGGAAAUAGUUGGUAUGUUACAGGAAGAUGAGAAAUUUCUGACAGAAUUGUUUGCACAGCUAACAGAUGAAGCCACAGAUGAGGAGAAAAGACAAGAGUUGGUAAAUUUCCUUAAAGAGUUCUGUGCAUUUUCUCAGACGUUACAACCUCAGAAUAGAGAUGCUUUUUUCAAAACAUUGUCUAAUAUGGGUAUACUGCCAGCAUUAGAAGUUAUUCUAGGUAUGGAUGAUGUACAAGUACGAAGUGCAGCUACUGAUAUAUUCUCAUAUUUGGUUGAAUACAAUCCAUCCAUGGUACGAGAAUUUGUCAUGCAGGAAGCUCAACAGAAUGAUGAUGAUAUUUUACUCAUUAAUCUCAUCAUAGAACAUAUGAUCUGUGACACGGAUCCUGAACUUGGGGGGGCAGUCCAGCUCAUGGGUCUGCUUCGAACUCUAGUUGAUCCAGAAAAUAUGUUAGCAACUGCCAAUAAAACGGAGAAGACAGAGUUUCUGGGUUUCUUCUAUAAACACUGUAUGCAUGUUCUCACAGCCCCCUUACUGGCUAAUACUACCGAAGAUAAGCCUAGCAAAGAUGAUUUUCAGACAGCACAGCUGUUGGCAUUAAUAUUGGAAUUGCUAACUUUCUGUGUAGAACAUCAUACAUAUCAUAUAAAGAACUACAUUAUUAACAAAGAUAUCCUGCGACGAGUAUUAGUUCUUAUGGCCUCAAAGCACGCUUUCUUGGCAUUAUGUGCCCUUCGUUUUAAGAGAAAGAUAAUUGGUUUGAAGGAUGAAUUCUACAACCGAUACAUAAUGAAAAGUUUUUUGUUUGAACCUGUGGUCAAAGCAUUUCUCAACAAUGGAUCCCGCUAUAAUCUGAUGAAUUCUGCCAUAAUAGAGAUGUUUGAAUUUAUUAGAGUGGAAGAUAUAAAAUCAUUAACUGCUCAUGUAAUAGAGAAUUACUGGAAAGCACUGGAAGAUGUAGAUUACGUGCAAACGUUCAAAGGAUUGAAACUACGAUUUGAACAGCAAAGGGAAAGACAAGAUAAUCCAAAACUUGACAGCAUGCGGUCCAUUUUGAGAAAUCACAGAUACCGGAGAGAUGCAAGAACUCUAGAAGAUGAGGAGGAAAUGUGGUUUAACACUGAUGAAGAUGAUAUGGAGGAUGGAGAGGCAGUGGUACCCCCCUCUGAUAAAACUAAAAAUGAUGAUGAUAUUAUGGACCCUAUAAGUAAAUUCAUGGAAAGAAAAAAAUUGAAAGAGAGUGAAGAAAAGGAAGUCCUUCUGAAAACUAAUCUUUCAGGUCGUCAGAGCCCAAGUUUCAAACUAUCCUUCUCUGGUGGUACAAAAACUAACCUUACCAGCCAGUCAUCUGCAAGUAACUUGCCUGGGUCUCCAGGUUCCCCAGGAUCUCCGGGUUCCCCAGGAUCUCCCGGAUCAGUUUCUAAAAGCACAUCUCAGAUGGCAGCUAUUACUACCAAGGGAGGCUUAGUGGGGCUUGUAGAUUAUCCUGAUGAUGACGAGGAAGAUGAUGAAGAUGAAGAUAAGGAAGAAACUUUACCUUUGUCAAAGAAAGCAAAACUUGAGUCAUCAUAAUGGCAACUGCCUAAGAUCAAUACCAGUUGGGGGGAGAGUAAUUUUUCCAAAACCCACAAAAAGUAGCAAUCUUUUGUGAAUUACUGUGUGUGACACAGAUCAACCUAUACAAAUGGAUUUCUGCCAAACAAGUGCCAAUUCAAAGGAGCAGAAGAAGGGGAAAUUCUACAUUUAGGGGAAAGGACCUUUGAGCUCUCCAGCUUGGACCACACAUUGCCCUUUUCUCAGGGAAGGAAAUGGAAAAAAAAAAAAAAAGAAAGAAAGCCAACAGGGCAGGAGUUUUGUUAGUGGAACUCUGGAUUGGCUGGUCAGUUGCUACAAUCAGAAUAUGCUUUCUUGGACCAUGUAUGAGACUUGUGAAGAAAAGGCUCUUUUGCCAUAAUUCUUCACUAGUUAAGAAUGCCAGCAGUUUCUUUAUAUAAAGAGACCUGCCUUUGAAAUCAUACAUUCUGAACAUUUUAGUCAAGCUACAACAGGUUUUAAAAACCUCUAUGGGGAGGGCCGAAUAUAAAGUUUCCUCUUUUUUUUUUCUUUUUUUUUUUUUUUAAUCUGUUCCCUUUUGCCCUUUAAACUGCAGAAUUUUUUGGAGGUGGGGGAUUUGUCUGUCCCUUCUUGAUUAAAGAUUGAGUGGAAUUCUAGAUGUGGUCACUUUUGUGUCAUAAUUUUUAUUUUAUUUUUAUUUUUUUAUUUUAUUUUUUUUGCCCCCUGAGUGUAUGCUUAGUUGUUGAGUAUAUAUUUGGGACCAUUAAAAAAAUUUUGAUGUAAUAUAA